UUAGUCCGUUCUUUUGUUCCCACACAAAAUGCAUACGAUCGCGACUUACGACUACGAUUGCACCCGAAAAUGCAGAAAAUCCGAACACGGGAACUCCAUAACGGCAGCCUUGACAAAAAGAUCCAUUUCGAACGAAAAGUUGGCUCGAUUCAUCGCCAAAAAGUGUCGAAAUUUCGCCGAAAUCUUAGAUGAUGAGGGACGUUCUGCAUUGCAUUUGGCAGUUUCGGUCGGUGAUCGUUAUGACAUUGUGGAAUUUUUGCUCCGGCAAGGCGCUUCAGUGAAUUUACGAGAUCGCGAAUCAGGUCAAUCAUCGUUGACGCGAGCAGUGCUCUACGGAAAUCUCGCAGAAGCUGUCUUGUUGGCACGAAAUGGUGCAACGCUGAUGCCCGACAACGAUUUCAUCAAUCCGCUGCAGUAUUGCCAUCGCGUAAAGAAGCCGAUUGACAUCGAAAAUCGAUGCGAAACCUUUGUUUUGCAGAAUUACAACAUCGGGAUUAGAAAUGUGCAAGAGAAGACGACCCCCGAUUACUUGGAUGAAUUUCGAGAAGCACGGAACAAGUGCCUCAGAGGACGGUUGGAGACGGGAGAUGAAUUGACAUUGAUGAGUCUGAAGAAGGUAAAACUUCCGUUUAAGGAGGAAGAUGAGAAAAUUAUCGAUAUUAGUGCGGGAAAGAACCAUUCUUUGGUACUGACAAACAAAAAUCGCGUUUAUGCGACAGGAUCGAACAGUCAUUCGCAGUUGGGAAUCAAAUCCAUACCGGAAAUGUUGUUAUCUUUCAUGGAGAUACCGACAAAUUUCAGUGAAGCAAAGAACGUUAUUGCGAACGACUAUUCCUCAAUCGUUGUUACAAACACAAGUAUCUACGGUUUUGGUACCAAUAUCGGUCAAUUCGGGUUACGACGAGACGUUGAAAGACUUUUUAGUCCUCGAAAGAUCAACACGAACAAAGAACGCUUCCCAUUGGACAUUGUAGCUACCACAAUUGGCGCUGUGAUAUUCUACUCGAGCACUUCUGCCCUCCUGUACAUCCUCUACACGUACAAAACGAAAAUCUACAAGAAGUCUCUAAUGGAACAUCAUCAAAUAAGCGCUACAGGCGGAAUUAUCGCUGACGGUCAUGAAAAUUGCCAAAACCAGGGCAAACCAUUACGAUUUAUCGUGCUAACUGAAUUUUUCAACAUUUUUAUUUGGUACGAGGCAACUAAAAAGUUCGUCAAAGGUUCAUUCACAGCCUCACGUUAUCAGGAAAUUGAUAAAAUUGUACGGCAAAAAAGAAUUAUUUUCGGGUCAAAAGUAAAAAUUGAACUGAAAAGCAUACCGUUCAUUGAUAAAGUGAUAGAAUUCUGCUCAGAUCCGGAAGGAGACAACUUCGUCGCUCUUGUUGAGAAUUCACGAAAAUAUCAUUCGUUACCGAAGUUCAUUGAGAAGCCUUAUGACUAUGGAAAUCUUUUUGCUGAUGUCGAUGUAUAUGAUUCUGUGCAUGAUUUGACGUUCAAAAUGGGUUUUCGCAGUUUUCCUGUGCAUCAAAUCAUCAUUUGCCAUCGUUCCGAGUACUUGAAAAAAAUUAUCGAAGAACAUGCGGGAGAGAAAAUCAUUGAAUUGCGAGAAUUAUCGGAUUUGGGACUGCCAUGUGACAUUUUUGAAUUGAUUUUGCGGUAUAUUUAUACGAAUCAACCGAUCAUGAAGACAGAAAUUGAGCGGAUUACCGUGGAUUAUGCCCAAACAUUCACAAUGCUGAAGAAAGUUUUGACCGUUAUGGGACUCCAUGAGCUUAUUACUGCUCUCAAAAAGAACAGUCAAAAGAUAACAACUCCUUUUACGCCCUUGAAACGCACAGAUUUCCCUGAAUUUUAUGACGUCACUCUCAAAUUGGACUGCGAACAGGAGAUUCAAGCUCAUAAAUGCAUUCUCAUGUCACGUUUGGAGUACUUUAACAUGAUGUUCGAUCACAGUUGGGCUGAACAAGAUACUGUCAACUUGAAAUCCGUGCCCAUUGAGUUCAUGCAACCCAUAAUUGACUUUUUGUAUUCGAAUGCAACCGAAGAAAUUCGUGCCACGAAAUACAGUGACAACUACAUGUUUAACAUGAUAACGAUUUGUGAUCAAUUUUUUGUUACCGAAUUGAAGACAAUUUUCGAGUUGAUGAUCAGCGAAAAGAUUCACGUGAAAAAUUGCGGAGAAAUUUUGGAGUUUGCUGACACUUACAACUGUGAAACGCUUAGAAAUUGUUGCAUGCAGUACAUUUCACUCAAUUUUUCGCGGAUUUUGGAGUUGCGAACACUUGAAUCGACGGAACCGAAGGUCUUGCAACAAGUAAAUAAAUUUUAUCGACAAUUUUUCAGCUUGGUGUCGUACUGGACCAUCACGCCAUAUGCAAAUGCCGUCACUGACGAGGAGUUGGAACAAUUUAUCGCAGAUUUUACGGUGGAUUUAAAGGCAAAUCCCGACGAUGGAGCGAAACAAAAGCAAAAAUCGAAAACUGUAAAGCCCAGUAAAAGUCUUCUCGAUCGACGGAGUUACGAAAAAGUCGGGAUAAUCGCGAUGCAGGAAGAGUCAUCGCAAAAUUUGAUGCCUGUCGUGUCGGAAGAUCCAAAGCAACAAGAAUUUCUGAGUGAAAUGACGCAAUUAACGGAGAAAUUUGAGUCGGAAGCAAAGUUAUGGACAAAAGUAAACGACAAAAAGGACGUCAAAAAGAAGCAAAAUAGUGUCUUAACGUCAUUAAAAGUCAAUGACAUUCUCAAGACUGAAUCAAAAUCCUCUAAUAGCUUCACAAAUCUCAAGGCAACGACACCAACAACGCCAAAAAUUAUCGAAUCCCCCAAUAGUCGCAGCACAAUCGAACGCACACCGGAACCAAUGACGCCGAAACAAGCCAUAGAAUUGACUGAAAACUCCCCACGGACCAAAUUAACCUUCUCCAUUGCCGAUAUCACGCCGUUAAAGAUGAAAACGAAAAACAGAAAACGUCUUUCAUCGGGAUCCACAAGCGAUGUUCGGAAUUUCUUCCAAAACGAAAGUCCAACUGUAGCUCCAGUCACUCCGCCAAACCCUUGGAAAACGAUUCCAAAUAUCGAAAGCUCGCCAUUGAAGUCUGAUCCGCUGCCAGGACCGUCAACAUCUUCAGCAGCUGCAGUACCGAAGACGCCGCCCGCUACAAAGUCCUUUCAAAGCAUCGUGAACAAUGAGCGGAAACAAAAACAAUUGAUUGAAAAAAUCAAAACAAAGUCGCUGGCAUUGACACAACUCGAGGAAAAGUGCAUCGAGGAAUUGCACGAAUUUUAUAACGUUGAUAACAUUUUUGAUGAAUCGAUAACGAUUGAGCGGCGUCAGGUAUCAUGUGACGACGAUAGAAUUCAAUGCGUAAAGUGGUAUCAAGAUAAAAAAUAGUUCAUUACAACUUGAAUAUUUGUAUGAUAUUUAUCGGAGAUAUUUAUUAUUUAUUUGAGUUGCAAUUUCGUUUUUUGAAAGAAUAAAAAUUUCUUUAACAUUUUUUUUUCG